UUAAAACUAAUAUUUAUAAAAUUUGAAGAUGUUACCGACACCAAAACCCAAAUUUAGAGUAGAAUCUAAUUUCUAUUCCAAUUUUCAAAUCAAUCCCACGCAUCUCUGCAAGCAAGUGAGUCCUCCAAACUCCAAAGGUAACGAAUCGUCAUCCCUAUCCCCCCACCUUCAUCCUCCAUUCUAAAGUGAAGUUUCUCUCAUCUAAUUUUUGAAGCUUCAGUCUCUGGUCUGUAUUGAUUCAACUCCGCUUCCCAUUUGACUCCUCCUGAACUGAAAUUCAUUGUGUUGCUCUAUUAUUAUUUCUCCCCCAAAUCUUGUUUUUCACUUUUUAGGCCAAUUGUAUUUUCAAUCAUUAUCUAUAUCAAUUAAAAAUAAAAAAAGGUUCAGCUUUUUGGGCUUUAAAGAACAGCUUUGAGUUUUUUUAAAAAUAAAAACCAAUGAGUUAAUUCAGCCGACUGGGGUUAGGUUAGUCUAAAAAAAAAUUUCAACUUCAUAUUCGGAUGAAAAAGAAGAAAGUUUAAACACAUUCAUAAACAAAUCUAUUUAUUACCUGCAUUUUUUGAUCAGUUUAUUGUAAUGAAAUUCUGAUUUUUUUUAAUUAAGUUGAUAUCAUGUAGAUACUAAAGAGAAUGUAGAUAAUAUAAAGAAAAUUUAUAAACCCCGCAGGGAUUAUUACUAAUUUAGUCUAAAGCAAGUUAAGGCAGUAGCAGAAGUCAGGGUUGUAGUUUGCAGUCAGUCUACGUGCACACUGUUCCAAUUUGUUGUUUGUUUGUUUGUUUGCAAUAGCAAAUGCAUGUCGUACUCACGUGAGGGGAUGCGUCCUCUCAAGUUUUGCUUUCGUUGGCAUAUAUAACUUUUCCCAACAAAAGCCAACCUCUUUCAUCUUUCUAUUGUCUCCCGCAUUUUCGUAAGUGAGCGACGCUGUUCAAGCUUAAAGAGAGAAGGGCAUCAUGGUAGAGUCGCUGAAGAAGAACAGCAUGGAAGAGAAUUUGAUUCCCAAAUUGGAGAACGAGGAGAAAAGUAAUCGGCGGCUAAGUUGGGCUGCUCUCGUUGAAGAAAUAAAAAGGGUGGGUUACCUUGCAGGGCCUAUGGUAGCCGUGACUUUAUCACAGUACCUAUUGCAAGUUAUAUCAACGAUGAUGGUGGGUCAUCUGGGUGAGCUUGCUCUCUCUAGCUCUGCCAUUGCCAUAUCUCUCGCCGGAGUCACCGGUUUUAGUCUUCUUCUAGGAAUGGCAUGUGCAUUGGAAACACUAUGUGGACAAGCUUAUGGAGCUCAACAAUACCGAAAAUUUGGAAUCCAUACCUACACUGCUAUAUUUUGUUUGAUCUUAGUAUGCAUCCCUCUGUCGGUCCUAUGGUUAAACAUGGGGAGGCUACUUGUGUUCAUUGGUCAAGAUCCCUUAAUUUCACAUGAAGCUGGUAAUUUCAUUUCGUGGCUUAUCCCAGCACUCUUUGGUUAUGCUACAUUUCAACCACUUAUUCGCUACUUUCAAACACAAAGUUUGAUCACUCCCAUGCUCAUAUGCUCUUGUGCCAGUCUUAUAGUACAUAUACCUCUAUGUUGGGUUCUGGUAUUCAAGUCUGGGUUGGAAAGUAUAGGAGGAGCAUUAGCAAUUAGUAUCUCAAACUGGUUAAAUGCUAUAUUCCUUUCACUUUACAUGUGGUACUCUCCCACCUGUACAAAAACUCGUGUCCCUAUUACAAUGGAAUUAUUCCAAGGAUUUGGAGAGUUUUUUCAUUUUGCUAUCCCUUCUGCUGUUAUGGUUUGCCUUGAAUGGUGGUCAUUUGAGCUACUUAUCAUGCUGUCUGGGUUUUUACCAAAUCCAAAGCUAGAAACAUCCGUCCUAUCUGUGUGUCUCAACACCAUUACAACACUUUAUGCCAUACCACAUGGAAUUGGUGCUGCAGCAAGUACUAGAGUUUCGAAUGAACUAGGGGCAGGGAAACCCCAAGCAGCACAUGUAGCGGUGUAUGCUGCUAUGGCUCUUGCAGUUUUGGAGACCCUUAUAGUUACUGGAACCCUAUUCACAAGUCGACAUGUUUUCGGUUAUGUUUAUAGCAACGAGAAGGAAGUGGUGGAUUAUGUGACAACCAUGGCUCCCUUGGUUUGUGUGUCUGUUAUUCUUGACAGCUUACAGGGGGUUCUUUCAGGUAUUGCAAGAGGGUGUGGAUGGCAGCAUAUAGGAGCGUAUGUCAACUUGGCAGCGUUUUAUCUUGUUGGAAUCCCUGUCGCAGCCACCCUUGCCUUCUGGUUACACUUGAGAGGGAUUGGCUUAUGGAUUGGUAUACAGUUCGGUGCUUUCACCCAAACAAUUCUGCUCGCCAUUGUUACAAGUUGCAUAAAUUGGGAGAAACAGGCAAGUAAAGCAAGGGAAAGGCUAUUCCAAGGACUUCAAUAGAGUAUAGAAACAUGUGACGUUUAGGUUUUGAGAUGGUCAACAACAUCUGAGACUUAAUUUUUGGCUCAAUAGAGUUUGUAUAGCUUAUAUGCACUUUUUAGCAAGUUGGCAUGUACCUAGUGUCAUAACUUAGUUUUGGGAGUCAAUUUUGAUGUUUUGGUAUCUACUAUGCUACUAGAGACUUGAAAUUGAAGUGUGGUUAUAUAUGUAUACUGGUGUGUAAAUAUGUUAUUCUAUGGAUAUGCUGGUAUGCAUGAACUUUAAGCAAUGUUUAUUCUAUGAUUCAAGUGAUGCU